CUGAUCAGGAGUCGCAAAUCUAGGGCUAACAGCGAGCGAGAGGGCGCCGUUCCUUCUCCCCAACGCCACAACACCGUCGCUCCUCCUCCAUUUUCGACCGAGCAUCCUCCGCCUCCGGCGAGCGACGUCAGCGCACCAAUGGCCCCGCCUCCUGGACCUUACUCCGGCACCAGCACCCUCGCUCUCGUCGCCCGCGUCUCGGCUUUCACUUUCGGGGUCGCGUACGGAAACAUGAAGCUCAAGUAUCUGAAGGCAAAGGCGAAGUCUCAAAGAAAAGCUGAAGCCAAGGCUCAUCAUUGAAGAGUUGGGUUUUUGUUUUAUGUUGUGGAUUAGGAAGAGUCGCAAUAAUGGAUCGUUUGAAUCUCACCAGCUUCACUUGGCAUAGAUAAUCUUUGGGCUGUUUCCAAAUGCUGUAGAUCUUUGUUCAUUUUUCUUUGUUAUUCUUGAGAAUCACUGGAUCUGGUCCUUGCCCUUUGAAUGGCAAUGGGCAACACCAGAAUUUUUUCACUGGCUCUCUCAUGCUUUCCCCUGAGAAAAUAAUUCUCCUGGUUAUUAAUCACAUAUUUGACUAUUGUCUUUUCACCUA